ACUACGCAUUCACCAAAUUGCGAAAAUUAUCAUUUCUCACCUUUAGUCCAAUUCUCUUUCUUUUUCCUCUGUCUAUUUCUAAUCUUCUGUCUAUUUUAACUACUUUCAUCUUCUUCUAUAGUUUCACUAAUACAACCUUCUAAUCGUUAACUACUGGAUUAACUGACAAUCAACUAAUAUAAUUAGAAAACAAAUCUAAACUUAAAUCGCCAACAUUGUUAAUCUCCUAAUAAUUGUUUUCCUUUUGUUUUUCUUUCUCCUCAUCAGUUAAUCAGUUUCUCAUUUUCGAUCAAUAAUCAACUUUAAUUUACCAUUUAAUUCAUUCAUUUAAUUACUAAUUCAUCUUUUAACUACAGUUUUUCACAUCUUCCAAUUGUGUUUCCAUCAUCACAAUUAACUGACAGUUUAAAAUUUAAUCUUCAAAUUUGUGCCAUCUAAUUGAUUGAUUUAAUCUCGAAGAGUAAGAAAAACAAAAUUGUGUAACAAUUUAAUCAAGUGAAUGAAAUUUACCACAAUUAGUCCUCUGAUUAUCAUUAUUAUCUGUUUAUCUUGUUAAUCAGAGAUCAAUGGAAGUUAAUGAUUAACAGAUUAUGUUACAAUUAAACCUCAACAAUUUACUAAAUUACAUCGCAAUCAAUUGAGUGUCUCCUCCAAGUCAAUAAUCAUCAUCAGAAUCGUAACAAUCACAGUGAGUUAAUUUCAAAUGAUUAAAUCACCAACAAUGAUACCAAAUUGUUCAAACAAUUCACCCAUUAAUGAUGCGGUUACAGUUAAUGUCGUUAAUGAAAGUGUCAAAGAAGAGGAUGAUGUUGACAAUAAUAAUAACAAUCAUCAUCAUCAUCAUCAGAUUAAUCAUCACAAUCAGUAUCAUCAUCAACAACAGCAAGAAAGUCAUGCAACCAUUGAAAGUAAAAUAAACAUGGAAACAAUAAUAUCACCAAUUGAUCAACAACAACAACAACAAUCAAUUGAUUACAAUCAAUCGUCUCCAAAUGAAUCAGGAUUAACAUCAACAUCUAAUUCAACGAAAAAUCUUCCUCCAUCUUCACCCGAACAAAUUAACAACAAUUUAAAUGAAACAGUUCUUCUUCCUCCACCACCACCACCUCCACCAUUGCCCCAACAAUCAUCAUCUUCAUCACCAGGAUCAUUUUCAUCCUCAUCCUCAUCCUCAUCAUGCUCGUCCCCCUCUCGAUCAACAGUGACCAGUAUGUCAAUCACCGCGACAACUUUACCAAUCCUUCCAGUCAACCAAUCAACUAAUUCAUACCAACAAUUCCAACAACAACAACAACAACAACCUUAUUCCCCCCACUCUCACCUCCGUCAUCAUCAUCAUCAUCAUCAUCAUCGUCAUGCAAAUUUCAACGUCUCAUCACCAAAUGUUGACGAUGGUUUGACCAGUUUAAGUUGGUUACAGAAUCUGAAUAUGUGUAUGACCCGUUUAGGUGCACCAACACCACCCACACCACCAGCAAGUCCAGUUUGGUCAGCAACAAAUUCAUCAUCAUGUAAAUCAAUGUUAAAUCAUAAUUCAACCUCAUCAUCUUUACUAAAUUAUAAUUCACCACACAAUCCUCAGCAUCCUCAUCAUCAUCACCAUCAUCAUCAUGGUAAUCAAAACAAUCAAAGAUACCCUUCCAAUAAUAAUAAUAAUAAUUGUACAUCAUCUUCAUCAUCUUCCUCAUCCUCAUCUUCACCCCCUUCAUCCUCAUCAUCAUCUUCUCAUCAUCUUAACCAAUCAAUAGCCAAUGGUGACACAUCUUCCAUCAACAAUUUAUCAUGUUCAACAACCAAUUCAAAUCUAUUAAAUUCUGGUCUAUUCAAUACCAACAAGGAAUUAAUUUGCUGCUCCAAAUCAACACCAACGGCCAAUGGUCAUUUUAAUGUCUCUAACAUUUCAAAUGGUCAUCAAAACGGAUCAGGUAAUCAACGAUGCCGAUCAUCAUCAUCUUCCAACACCAAUUCAACCUCCACGUCAAAAAAAGCUCAAACCUAUUCACUUGAGGACAUCGCUAAUUAUAAAUCCAACGGGUCGGUCAAACCUCCGUAUUCAUAUGCGACCCUGAUCUGUAUGGCGAUGAAGGCCAAUAAAAACAAGAUGACCUUAAGUGCCAUUUACCGAUGGAUUCGUGAAAAUUUCCUCUACUAUCGUAACGCUGAUCCAAGUUGGCAAAAUUCAAUUCGACACAAUUUAUCCCUGAACAAAUGCUUCAUCAAAAUCCCUCGAACUAAGGAUGAACCAGGUAAGGGGGGAUUCUGGAGAUUGGAUCCCGUUUUCGCUGAGACCUUGAUCGAUGGCGUUUUCAAGAAACGCCGACCCUCCCAACGAUCCAAUUCAAAGUCAACAUCAUCCUAUAAGAAAAAGUGUAAAGAAAGUGGUGAAUUGGUUAAUGCAAUUAAAAGUAUCGAAGGUGAUAUUGAUUGUCACAAUUCAUUUGCUCGAUAUACAAUUACUCUAACUGAUUCUGUAUUAACUGGUGAACAUGAUCAGCAAACAAUUUUAAUCAAUGAAGAUCCAAGUCGAUCGGAUAGUGCCAAUAGUUUAGGUGGUACAUCUGAUGGAACCACGACAAUUAUACCAAUUGUUAGUCUAAGUUCAACAUCACAAUUAAAUUCUGGUGGAAAUGGAAUUGGUUCAGAUGAUCAUCAUCAUAAUCAUCUUCAUACUCAUUCUCAUCAUCAUCAUGAUAUAAUUAAAGUAAAUGAAAAUGGUUUCACUGGACAUUCAAAUAGCAACGGUAAUGAUCAAAUUAACGAUGGUCAUUUGUUGACCAAUGAAAAUCAUGAUAUUUGCUGGAAUGCUUUGCUUACCGAUGCUGAUCUUGAAUUGGUUGACCCAACUAAUUAUGCUGGUCAAGUGGUCCAUACACCGGUCACUGGUGAGACUGUACUUGUAACCCAAGUAUCUCACAAUAGUAAUAAUAAUAAUAAUAAUGCUAAUAAUAAUACAACCCAAUUAACUGCAGUUGAACCUCAUACAUUAAGUUUGGUCAAUCAAGUGACCAAUGGUAAUCAGCAAGUUCAUAAUCAUCAUCAUCAUCAUGCAAAUAUCAACACCACCAAUAAUCACAAUGGAGCCAACAACAACAAUAAUAACAGUAAUAAUCAAGGAGAUGAGGAUAAUUGUAACAAUAGUAACCAACGAAAUCAACAAAAUGAAAGAUCCACCAGAAAUGACCAAUCAAAAGAUGACCAACACAAUAAAAUGUCCCAAGAUAGUUUGACCAAUCUUCCAGUUUCUGAUAUAAUCUCAGCGACUAAUAAUGUUGUUACCUGUGUUAAUCAAUCAGCAUCAGCUCAUCAAUUAUCAAUUUCUGAAUGGGGACCUUGGUCUUGCUUUCCAAUGUCCACUACAACCAAUGGAGUGACCAUUACAUCAGCCAAUGGGAACGAUGGUUCCAAUCAUCUAGUCAAUGAAAAUAAUGGUUCAUCUCAAAGUGAUCUGAUUGCUCUAAAUCCAAUUAACAGUUCAUCUCAUGGUCACAAUUUACUUAAUUCGUCAAUUGUUUUAUCCAAUCGAUCAACUUUCAUUGAUUCACCAACCGGAGGUCAUCUUGAUGAAGGAUUAUCAGCUAAUUGUAUUGAUCUUGUACCAACAUCAGCGACAACAUUAACAACGGACACAACUGGAUUAGGUGUUAAUGAGACUAAUAGUUUAUUACCAAAUAGUGAAAUAGCAACAAUUAACGUUAAAUAUUCAAAUCAAACAUUUGAUUCUCAACAUCAUUUAAUCAUCCAGCCUUGGAUUGAGUGUAAAUCAACAAUUGAUUCAGUUUCCUUUGAUCUUGAGCAAUUUACUGGUCUUGACCAGUGUACUGACUUUUAAUUGUUAACCAUUAAUCUCCCAAUGAUCAACUUUUACACCUUUACAAAUAAUAAUCAUCGUCUUAAUCAUUUUAAUUUGUUUGCUAUCCUUCAAAUCAAAUCUGAUGCCCAUUUACCUGAUGUCAACGUUUGGAUUAAUCUUAAUCAUUUGAUGGUUAAAUUUGUGUUGCAAUUAACCUCGGAAACUUGGAGGAACGUGAUUAACAAUUAACCUGAUGAUUAACGAGAGUUUAAGCUUCACUGAUUACGCACGACAAUUUAAAACGCGUGCCAAUGUCUCACGUACAUCAACAUGAUUACAUAAUAUGCUCAUAAUGAUAAUAGUUUAAUUGUGAACAAUUAAAUUCUUAACAUUAAUAAUAAUGUUUGUCCAUGGGUCAAGUUUUCAAUGGGAAAAUUUAAACACUCAAAACUUUACAAUUUACUUGAUGCUGGAAAUUGAUUGACUUUCUUAAUUACUAUUAGAAAAUCAAUUAAUUAUCUAUGUCUCUCUCUCUCUCUCACCAGAAUCUUUAUCCAUCCUUUAAUCAGUAACAAUUAACAAUUAAUCCACCGGAUACAGAUGGAAGGACAAUAAAUGAUUAGGUGAACCAUAGUAACAAUUUGUAAAUAGUUAAUUGCCACAUCCAUUGGUCAUCAUCAUCAACGAAACCUUAAUCAUUCAGAUAAUUGGUCGUCCAUUUUCAUUAAUCAAUUAUAAUUAUUUAUUACAAUCUAAACAAUUAACAUUACAUAUCAUCAUCUCCAAUGGAUAUUCAAUUGAUAAUCUUAAUGAAAAGAUUAACGGUAAAAGAAAAUACAAAAAGUUGAUCAAAUAAUCUGUAAUUAGCUCAACAAUUAGCUGGACAAUUUAUUAAUCAUUUCUCUUUCAUCACUUUCUAAUUGUAACAAUUUAGAGAAAGUCAUUCAUGUUCAAUAUCGUACUAAUCAACUGUAACUUUCUUAAUUAAUAUAAAUCAUUCUUCCUAAUUAUCGUUCCCAUUAAUUUAUCAUUUUCUUUGCUCUUCUUUCAUAAUUAAUGUAUCAUCAUCAUCAUCAUCAUCAAUAUAAUCAUUUGCACAUCAUCAUCAUCAUCAUUUAUCAUCCUUUUAAUCAUAAAUCCCUAUUGAUGUAAUAAGUUUAGUGUACUUAUUAUGAUGACCCUUAUGAAAUCCGUCCAAGACAAAAUGACCAAUAAAAAAGUUAAAGUGUCAACAAUUAACGAAUUGAGUUAUUACUCAGAUUCUCAUUUAUGUCUUAAAUUGUAAUACUUAAAAUUUUAUUCACAUGGAAUCGAAAACAAUUAACAAGAAUUAAACUCUUUUACAAUAAACAAUUUGACUAAAAAAAAGUGAUACGACACAGAGAAUCAAGAUUAAUUAGAUUCUUGAUGAUUGGUAAUAAAUAAUAUCCAUGACUUGGAAUGAAUAAUAUAUAAUAUGUAAUGGGAAUGUUACAUGAAAAUGGAAUGGAUUUUUUGUCAAAUCAAUAACCCGGAAGGAAGAGAGAGAGAGAGAGAGAGAGAGAGAGAGAGAGAU